UUCGAGGACGAAUUCUUACUCGCAUUUUUUCUUUUUCUAUCGGCAGCGAGAUACGAGGAUUCUCUCGCGACGUGGUACAAGCAGUGAUCUCACUCCCAGGAGUCAGCCGUGCCCGAGACUAGCUUUGCGCGGGAGGAGAAAAGCGAAGUCGGAGAACGACAGUCGAGAGAGAGACAGAUAUAAAGAGAAGGAAAGAGAGCAUACGAAAGUCUGCGAACGAGGCAGAGAGAGAGAGAGAGAGCGAGAGAGAGAGAGAGAGAGAGAGAGAGAGUGUGUGUGUGAGGGGCACUCUAAGAAAGAGGAAGACAGAAGACGUGGUGGGAGUGACUCCGGGCGUCAGCGAGAGAGCGAGAGAGGCGGGUAGAGGGAAAGGAGAGAUAGAGACUCGACCAAGAGAAGGAGCGGUGGGAAUUUAUAAGGAUGUUCGCGAUAAUGCCGAUGGAGACAGAGGGGCACGGCAGGGAGUUCGGCCGGCGGCAGAAGAUGCGCGCCAAGUGCACGGUAGAGUUCGUCUGCAAGUACUGCCAGCGGCGCUUCACGAAGCCCUACAACCUCAUGAUCCACGAACGCAGCCAUAAGGACGACGUGACCUUCACCUGCGAGGUCUGCGGAAAGACCUUCAAGCGGCAGGACAAUCUCAAGCAACACAGGAGCAUACACUCUGUUCCCUACAAGGGCUCCAACGGCUACUCAAAUGGCUAUUCGAAUGGCUACUCUAGGUAUUAGAAGCCAUCCGGCCAACUACUAUCCUAAACUCCCGUAGACACGCGUUUCUCUUUCUCUAUCGAAUGCUCUAGCUACCGACCACAGUUCUUCCUUGAUGUCCCUCCUCUAUUAGAGCGAUAUCCUUCGCGUCGAUCCGACGACAUGUCAAACUUGCAAGUGAUGUCAUGUUUCCAUACGGCAAGGGAAUCGCGAUACUCCGUCGAUUUUUGUCAUCACCCUCGCCUAUCACCCUCGCAUCAUCUAGUUCGUCCGUCCUGCUUCUUUGAGUUUUUUUUCGCUUCUGUUUAUCCUCCUGUAUUCCGAGCCUACACCCAGACGUCAGCCACAUCAGAGGAGAAUCUUCGAUUCGACCCGACACCCGAAGCACCGUUGCAGAACCGAGAACGAUGGAGGCUGUUUGGGAUACAGCGACGUGGCAGACGAUUGUAAUUUCAUCGAACUUUCUUUGUAAUUUGACUCAUUCGAACGGGUAAUAAUAUUCUUGCUAGAUAUUGGCAAUAUGUGCCAAGCGAUUGACGAUAUUUGAAAUGUUUACGGAAUUCGCUGUUUAAGAUAUUAUUGGAUACAUGAUAUCAGGUAUGCAUAAUUCGAGAACUCCCGCACCUCUAAUGAAUACAAUAGUCAGUAGAACUGUACAAGAUACACGAAUAUAAAA